UCCUGUAGAAUAUUACAAGGUUGACUCUGUUACUGAGAUAUAAUUCACGUAUUUACCCUUCUGGCUUGUAUUUUCUAAAUAGCUUGUUUCUCAGCAGGACAUUUGGAGAUGAGAGCAAGGCAUUUUGAGAUUUCUUCUGAAGGAGAAAGGCCCAGAGCCCCAGAUGCUAUACUGCGAGGUCAGAGUUCAAGUGAGAGGAGACAUGGGGUUAGGACUGAAGGUGCAGCUUCCUGGAUAGGGGAUUUCCUUCCAAGUGUUUUUUUCGGGGUGUGAAUAAGAACUGGCAUUUUUAUGGAAUGCCACACCAUGCAGGAUAGGAAAGGCCUGGAAAAGAUUGAAGCUAAGUAUUUAUUAUCAGUAGCCUACUUGUGCAAAAGAGAAAUUGUGACCAUAGGCUUUCUUGGGGGAUUCUUUUUAAGAAGCCAUGAGGUCUGCUGGGGUACCCACUGCAGAACGAAUGCACCUCCAGAUAGCUGAGUAAAUUGGCUUGCUCUAUAGAUUGAUUCAACAUUGACAAAUUUGAAAGGAAACAAUGUCUGCCGAGUGACAUUAUUAACCUGUAAUAUCUUCUUGUUUUGGAAUCGCAGUGGCAGGUCUUCCCGGUGUUAGGAAUGUGACCCAGUUGCCUGUAGGAGUUGCUCAGCUCUUGCGAAGUGAUCACAUCUACUGUCGAGCAAUCACUACUUCUGUCUCUUACAGACCCACCUGCCUGGUAGCUGUGGUUAGCUCCAUUUUACCUGUCCUGAAGACAGGGAGGUCAGGUCGCUUGCUCAAGGUCACACAGCUGGACUCGAAGAUACGGGGAGUCUGCUGGGCUGCAAAUGCCCGUGCUAGCUGGAGGGUGAGGAGCCAGCAGGCGUGAGCGGUGGGGAGCGCUGGGCUUCCCGCAGGCCGUGGAACCGGUCACUUCCUCCGUGGGGCAGCCGCCAAAGAGCACAAUGAGCACGAGAAAGCGCCGUGGAGGGACAGUAAAUUCUAGACAAGCGCAGAAGCGAACUCGGGAAGCAGCCUCCACCCCUGAGAUGGCCUUGGAAGCAGAGCCUAUAGAGCUCGUGGAAAGCGCUGGAGACGAAAUAGUGGACCUCACCUGUGAAUCCCUAGAGCCCGUGGUCGUCGACCUGACGCACAACGACUCUGUCGUGAUUGUUGAUGAAAGGAGGCGGCCGACCAGGACCGCCAGGAGGCAGCGCCAGGAUCACGGUGACAGCUGCGUGGUGAGCAGUGACGACGAGGAGCUGUCCAGGGACAGAGAUGUGUAUGUGACCACCCACACUCCCAGAAACGCCAGGGAAGAGGCAGCUACAGGACUAAGGCCCUCGGGGACUGUCAGCUGUCCCAUCUGCAUGGACGGGUACUCGGAGAUUGUGCAGAAUGGACGUCUCAUUGUCUCUACAGAGUGUGGCCAUGUCUUCUGCAGCCAGUGCCUCCGAGAUUCCCUCAAAAAUGCGAACACCUGCCCAACCUGCAGGAAAAAGAUCACCCACAAACGCUACCACCCCAUUUAUAUAUGAAGUGCUGAGGGCCAAUCGGGAGAGAGGGCGCGUGGGGUGGCCCUCCGAGGCCUCUGCCCCGUUUCCCGAACUCAGAAACACUGUUUCAAAGCCAACGUGUGACACGUAAACUGCUCUUUUGUUUCCACCCCCUGGCAUCCUUGCGUGACCUCUGGUGGGACGCUGUGGAGCCGAGCCAGGGCCCCGCCAGGCCGGAGUCCACAACUCCGCCCCGUCGUUGGAACAGUCCCAGGCUGGGAGCACGAGUUGGGUACAUGGGGACUGAGAAUCAUGGUUCCAGCCUCUUCCCAGAACCUGCACGAUUGCCAAGAAGUUUGCCCCGGUUUCCUACUGGCAGUGUCCUCGCCGAGGGGCCUGGUCAGAGUGCGAGCUGGUCUGUCCAGCUCUCCCGGGCGUGCUACCUCGUCCCGGGCGUCUGCCCGCCAGUGACCAAGCCAGACACGGUCCAUCGGCCCGAGGACCCCAGGUGCGAGUGGCCCCAGAAGGACCAAUAACUGGACUUUUUUCUUCCCUGAGAGUCAGAGGUGACCGUGACUCCGCCGACACCUUUGCAGUGAGGUGCAGGGAUCUCUGCAGGGCAGUCCCCAGUUAUUAAGGAGGAAAUGUGCAAUAAAGCCAAUUCUCAGCCUCCUUUCAGCCGCCCAGGAGAUGUAGCACUGUCCAUGUCCCUCAGGCCUUGUGGUGCCUCUGGAGCAGUGCCUGUCCCGUCCACCAACUGUUCUCAGGAACUUCCCGGGCCCAGAGUCCCUCACCUGGCACCCGCCACCCAGGGUCAGUGGGGCAGGCGUGUGGCCGGGUGUCCUCCCUUCUGAUAAAAAGCGCCCUGAGUGCCACAUGCCUUCCAUCCUCAGUCCCCGCUGCCUGAUGUCCUGUCAGCAGGGACCCUGGAAGAAGGCGGCAGUAUUUGUGGCCUUAUCAGCCGCCAUCUCUACGCUGCUGCCCAAGUCCCAGCUGCCCCGGGUCUCAAAGAGCUCGGCCCAUGCGCCUGGCUGGCACGCCUUGGCCUUCCCACCCACCCCGCCAGCUGACAUUCAUUUCAGAAGCUGCUCUCUGGCCGUUUGGGCUGUGACCCUUUGGGCUUGGACUACCCCUAGGUUUUGGUGACCUCACCAAGGAGCCCAGGUAACGCCUCAGGUGUGAGAGCCUCGGGUCGUCGGAGGCCCCAGUGUGGCCGAGCUGCCCCUCAGCACAGGGCUUGGGGAAACGUGAGAACAGGUCUGCAGUCCAGCCUGCCUGCACCUGUAACUCUCCUCACGGGGCUCCAAGCCAAAGCAGCAGCCUUUGAGCGAAACGUCUUCACAGCGGGAAGGAGCCGCGUCUGGCUUUGCAGCAAUAACUGGCCUUCAGUUUUUCUUCUGAAGGAGCAGGGACUCGGCACAGAUCACUUUAAACGGGGCUGAAGGAGUGUCCCUCCUCUGUUUCAUUCUGCAUUCUGGCUCACUUCCAGGUAGUUAGAGUGAAAGUCGUUCGGUACUUGGAGCGGAGGGGCGCAGGACAGCGGCUGCCACCAAGCAGUGUGUGCGGCGUCCGCCCUCCCACUGGUCCUUGCCGCCUCGUCCCUUCUGCGUUUCAUGAGAGCGCUCUUUUGUUACGUUCUGACAUUACCCCGACUUCAGGAGCCAAGAUGACCAUGUGGUCAGAAUCUCACGUUUUAUGCUUAAGGACAAACAGUUGAUCAUAAAAGUUGUGUUUCUUCAUACUAGAUUAAAUUGGAUAAAGUAUUUCGUUUCUACGGUUCAGAAACUGAAAUUGGAAGGUUGGUGUGAAAAAAGCCCGCCCCCCCUCCCCGUGUACAUAGUCCAGAUCUUUCUUUGUCCCAUUUAAACUGUAUCCAUGGAGUCAGUCUGUUUUGGAUCCUCUUCUAGUGUUACAGAUGGAAAUAAAACUAAUAAUUUGAACCAAGUA